UAUUGAUCAAAUAAAGAAAACAUACUCAACUUCAUCGAAGAAUUUAAAAAUGAUGAAUAACGGUAAUAAUGAUAGCAGUGAUCAUUUCGAACAUUUUGGAACGGCAGCUGUGCACGUCGGUCAAGAACCGGAACAGUGGGAUAUGAAUCAGGUAGUUCCACCAAUCUCCCUUUCAACCACCUACAAACAAGAUCGUCCCGGAGAGCCGAAAGUACACGAUUAUUCGCGUGCCGGUAACCCGACGCGUGACGUUCUUCAGAAAAAUAUUGCUGCACUGGAAGAGGGAGAGUAUUGCAGAGUUUAUGCAUCUGGAUUAGCUGCGUCAAUGGCAUUAGCGAAUCUAAUGAAGUGUGGUGAUCAUGUUUUAUGUUCAGAUGAUGUUUAUGGAGGAACACAACGUUUCUUCAGACGUGUCUCGGUGCCACUGCACGGUAUCGAGGCAUCGUUCGUAGAUAUGACCGAUCUGGAUGCAUUUGAAAAGGCGUUACAACCGAACACAAAAUUGGUUUGGUUCGAAACGCCGUCCAAUCCCCUCUUGAAGAUUGUCGAUAUCAAUGCAGUCGUGAAUGCAACCAAAAAAUACAACAACGAAAUCGUUGUUGUUGUUGACAACACUUUUAUGUCACCAUACUUUCAGCGACCACUUUCGUUGGGUGCUGAUGUGGUACUUCAUUCAGUGACGAAAUAUAUAAAUGGACAUUCAGAUGUUGUGAUGGGUGCAGUGAUAACCAAUGAUAAAAAGAUCGACGAACACCUUUUCUUUAUGCAAUUGGCGGUCGGUGCUGUACCAUCGGCAUUCGAUUGUUUCUUGGUGAAUCGUGGCGUCAAAACACUGCAUCUUCGUAUGAAAGCUCAUAUGCACAAUGCCAUUCAGGUGGCAAGAUUCUUGGAAGGCAAUGCAAGAGUUGAAAAUGUAAUAUACCCUGAGUUGGAAUCUCAUCCACAGCAUAAAAUACAUAAGAAACAAGCAAAAGGUAUGAGUGGUAUGGUAUCAUUUUAUAUACGUGGUGGAUUGGAGGAAUCACGAGAAUUCCUUUCGAAUCUUAAGAUCUUUACACUAGCAGAAUCAUUGGGUGGCUAUGAAAGUCUUGCUGAACUACCAGCAAUAAUGACACAUGCAUCAGUGCCUUAUGAACAUCGGCUGAAGUUGGGCAUUGGUGAUAAUCUGAUAAGACUAUCAGUAGGUAUUGAAGAUGUUGAUGAUCUGAUUCAAGACAUCGAUCAAGCACUCAAAAAAGCAGUGAGUUUUGGACGUUAA